CAAACUGGAAUAUUACGGUUCGUCUGAAUAUGAGGAAAAACUUCUUUGAGGGUCCCAGAGUCUCCUGCUCUGGGGAUAUUCCGAACCCUCCUGGAGGCGACCCUGCGCGACCUGCUCUGGGUGACCCUGCUCUGGCAGGGGGUGGGAUGAGGUGACCUCCAGAGGUCCCUUCCAGCCCCGGCCGGGCUGGGAUGCCGUGGGAGCAGCCCAGGGUGGAAAUGGUGGUGUGUUGACUGUAGCCGGGGAGGCUGGAGGGGAAGGAAAGGGCCCCUGGCACAGAGUGCAGGCUCUGACACGGGAGCUGUUUUUGCAUCUAAAAGCACUAACGAGUUUCCUGAUGGGUUACACGUAUAAUGACCGUGUGGCCUCCUUGGCCUCUCAGCAGGGCAGCUCCAGGCACGCUGGGCUGAGGGAAACUGGGAGACGUGGCCUGAAACAGGGACUUCUGGGGACCAAAAGGCCACUGGAGGGAGUUAGUGGCUCCUCCGUGCCUGGAAACGGGAAAGAAUAACAAAAGUUGGAAGUGAGGAGCUAGUACUUUCUGAGAAGAACAGAGAAUUUGCUGGGGAGAAGAACUAACUCUGUUGUGUGAGACGGUGCUGGAAAGCUGCCAUGCUUUGCAAUAGCAAUUAACUGUUAAUUGCUAAAACUGGUGAAACCGUUAAUUGCCAAAGCUUUUGCUCUGAAAGUGACUAGAAGAGGCUUUGUGACUGGAGACCUUUGCUGGUUGUGAUAACGGGGAGCGAUACUUGCUGGCGGUUUGGAAAGGGAGAAAACCCAUCGUCGUUUCUCCACACCUGCCGAUCUGGGAUGCUGCUGUGCCACCGCUUACGUCCUCGCGGGAAAGCGUCCAGGCGUUUCAGGGGCGGCUGCAGACUUGCGCGGAGCCAGGGCAACUUUCUGCCGGCUUGGGAUGAUCCUUUAUCCAGACUGCUGUGAGGUAUGAAGCUCCUGAUUCUUGCUGUGUUUGCGCUGUUUUCCGUGGCCCGCUGUGAGGAGGGCGCCAGGCUCCUGGCCUCCAAGUCUCUGUUAAACAGAUACGCAGUGGAGGGCAAGGACUUGACCUUGCAGUACAACAUCUACAACGUCGGCUCCAGUGCUGCUUUAGAUGUGGAGCUGUCGGAUGAUUCUUUCCCCCCUGAAGAUUUUGGCAUUGUCUCUGGGAUGCUCAACGUCAAAUGGGACAGGAUCGCUCCAGCGAGUAACGUGUCCCACACUGUGGUCCUGCGGCCUCUCAAAGCUGGUUACUUCAACUUCACCUCUGCUACCAUCACGUACCUGGCACAGGAGGGCGGACAGGUUGUGGUUGGUUUCACUAGUGCUCCUGGGCAGGGAGGAAUCUUGGCUCAGCGGGAGUUUGACAGGAGGUUCUCCCCUCACUUUCUGGACUGGGCAGCUUUUGGUGUGAUGACCCUGCCCUCCAUCGGGAUCCCGCUGCUGCUGUGGUACUCGAGCAAGAGAAAGUAUGACACCCCCAAGACCAAAAAGAACUGAGCAAAGUCAAAUGCCACCAGCACCCCAGAGCUCAGGAAAGAACAAACAUUCGUCCCCCCCAGAGCAGUGGGUGUGUUGGGAUCAGCAACAGCCACCCCCGAAGAAGUGCUGUCUGGGGGGCAAGAGGGAAUUGAUCGCUUCACUGCCAGCAACGUGUCGUCUUCUACAUUUUAGAAAGGAAACAAGCAAACCAAAAAAUAACCCCACCGAAAAUCCCACCCCCCUUGUCUGCUUAUUCGGAGCAGAGACCCCUCACUCCAUUGCAGCCAUAGCGCAUCUGUGAUACGAACGUGUUUUAACACCCAGAGGAGGUUGUUUCAGAGGGGUGGGGUGGUGCAGCUCUGCAGUGUCUCUGGUGUCUGUGCUGCCUUCCCGACUCGUUCGGCCGUGUGGCUCUGCCUUCUGCAGUCUCCUUGAACGUAUUACGUCUCAGGGCCCCCCACCUCCAAGUGGUGCCCGCCUCCCUGAGACAUCUGUGGGAAGGAGCUCUGUCGAGUGACAAAACCAGGUCUCCUUGUGACGGAGGCUCGUCAGAGCUGCUGCUUUGCUGGGUGGGGUGCGGGAGGUCCCUGUCAAUGCUUGUUCUCUAGGAAGCCCCGUUGUGUUUCGGUGAGCAGUUAAUUGCCGUGUUUCUGUUCUUUCUGGUUGCUCUGUUAAGGGCUGAGGUGUGUUGAGGUACUGAGGAUUUUGUAAUAAAAUGAACACCAUGAAAGAA